CAACUUUUGUUGUUCUUCUUCGUCUUCUUCUUCCGCUUGUCCCUUCUUCUUCUUCUUCUUCCUCUUCUUCUUCUUCUUCUUCCUCCUCCUCCUCCUCUUCUUCUUCUUCAAAAAGUCGCUCCUCUUCCUCGUCCUCUUCUUCUACUUCUCUUUUUGUUAUUCUCGUUGUUCUCAUAUCUCACCGGUGGCCAUGACGGGCGGCGAUGAAGAACGAGGCAGUCGGGGAAGAGCAACGGCAGCGGCAAAGGCAAAAGGACCUGCAGUGCCUGUUGUUGACAAGCCUGAAUCGAGUACGCGAAGGACAACAUCUGCAUUGGCUACUUCAGCUGGCUGGGGGAAGGAGCCCACCCCAAGAACCGACGCAAGCUUAUUCCAGGGGAGGAGUGAGGCGGCACAUGUUGCACUGCGAAAGAAAAACAAGGUUUGGAUCUGGUGUGAGCAGGGACAAGAGGUAGCUACUUCGAAAGGGAGGGGGGAGUACUGGGUCAGGUGCAGGUUGUGCUCGACAAUCUGGAGGGAGUCGGCACAUAAGGCUGCUGAGCAUUUCUUGAAGUCAAUGAAGCCGUGUGCACUGCGGACAGGUGAGAUAGUCCACACUUUGGUUGCUGGCAGUGCUAAACUACAGCCAAACGACAAGAACACGGAGUACUUGUUGAGGAAUUACAAGGGAGGCGAGGCCGAAUCCCAUGUACAUCGUCGUCAUGCAUCAUGUGGAGAGGAAGGCUUGGAAGAUCCGCAGACGGACGAGCCCGAGCCACCGCCUCUUGCGGGGCGGGCAGUUGUCGGCAUUGCAAACAUGAUUGCUGAUCCACUUGAUGAGGCUGUCGAGGGUGGAGGUGCAGCGGAGGGCGGUGGCGGUGAGGAAGGGCAAGGGUCGACAGCACGAACGACCACCUUCAGACAGACCAAUGUCCGACGGUGGGUGGACAAUGCGACGCAGAAGAAGCUGGACAUUGUGUGGGUAGAGGCCAUGUUCAGGGCUGGUAUUGCUUUCAAUUUCUUGAACAUGGACACGACUCAGACAUUGCAUGUUGUGGACCUGGAGGUAGCCAACUCAAGGCCGAAGGUGAAGCUCCCAUCGUACAACUACAUGAGGACGGUCAUGUUAGACAUCAUCUACAUGAAGAUCCAAAAGGAGGUGAACCUGAUGACAAGCUGCUGGGACUCGAUUGGAUACACGUUCAUCACUGAUGGGUCAACUGACCGCAAGAAUCAGCCAGUGAUGAACUUCUUGGCGGCGGGGGAGCAAGGGGCGAUGCUCGUGACAAUGGUGACAAUGAGUGGUAGGAAGAAGAAUGUGGUGGCACUGGCAAAGUUGUGGGAGCAGAUAAUGAGGGAAAUUGGACUGCAACGCAUCAACGCAAUCUGCACCAACAACGCUGAAGUUAACAAGAAGGCGACGCGGAUCCUAGAACUGCGCAAGGACAAGGACGUGGCCAGAACUCCAUGGGUUCCCUGCGGGGCACACUGUUGCAGUCUCCUUCUCAAAAAUUUGGCCAACCUAUCGUGGAUCAAGGGUACAGUGAAAACCGCAAACACAAUCGUGAAGUUCAUCCGGAAUCAUCAUGCCACGCAAGACUGGAUGAUGAUUGUCGAUGACUCAUUGUCCUUACUUCGUCCGACGGAAGUGCAGUUCGGAUCUGUGUAUCAAAUGCUCCAACGACUAGCAGACAGAGAGGAUGUUCUUGUUGAGAUGGUGGAUGGGAGGUCGGCUGGAAAGUGGAGAGCAUUGAGACGGUCAGGGGAAAAGUUUUGCAGAAGAUCCGACCUCGUGUACUACACCGUGAGGUCCGAGAUUGGGGGUGAGUGGAACAGCAAGGCACAUUCUGGCUUGUGGGGGGAACUGAUGGAGUUCCAAAAGCAGCCCGCGAGGGUUGUGACGGAGAAUGUGUGCACGGAGCCCGACAAAGCUAUGAAGAAGCGGAAGGAUGAGCACAUGUGGGAACAACCGGUGGUGGACGAUGUGAAGAGGCUUAACCCUACGACCUGGUGGGCAGCACAUGGCGGGGAUGUCCCAACCCUUCAGGCAAUUGCAAUCAAGCAGCGACCUCGAGGAUAUGGUGUGGAAGGGAAGUGCUGGAACGAGUCAUCAUCGGAGGACAGUAGCGAGGAUGAGGACUCCGAUUUCGAGCUCGGUGCGGUGCCUGCAGUCCCGGGGACCACGUAUGUUGGUAGGCGAACUCGGCGACAAGACAGGGAUCUCGAGGUUGAGCCUACGCCGACCGUCAAUAGAGUGGACACGGACGUACAGUUUUUGCUGCACCGCCACGAUGACCGGGACGAGGAAGAGGCCUCCCGUGCAAAGGAGAUGGCGGACAGGGAUCGUGAACUCGUGGACAGGAGGGUCGCUGAGGAGGAGGCCCGUUGUGCAGCGAUCCCUACCCGCAGGGAGAGGGAGAGGUGUGCUGCACAACAGGAAAAGCACGGGGGCGAGGCCUUGAAGGAAAUGGAUGGGGAUGUCCAGCCUGCCAUGGGCAAGGGCGAGCAGCAGCAAGGGGAGCCCGCGGACGCAGCGGAAGAGCAGCAAGCAGCAAUUGUCGUGUACACGCGUAAGCCCGGCCCAUGCGUUGAGCAAGAAGUGGGAGCGGAGAGAGAGACCACCAACCAGCAGGUUGCAAUUGGCGAGAGGGGGAAGGAGCAGCAGGAAGAGCCACAGGCCGCAGAGGACAUCGGCACGCCCCCUUUCCCUGAAUUGAACGAUGUUCUCCACCAUGACAACCUCUGGAAGAGCAGGGCAGGCAGGAAGAGGAAGGCAACAGCAGAGGAGUCCCACAAAGCGCCCCGACGCGGCCGUGGAAGGCCCAGAAAAGAAAUGACAGUCAAGAAGACCGCAUCGCAGCACGGACGCCGCAACACUACGGGUGACAAGAAGCGUGUCAUUAGUGAUGAUGACCCGGAUAGCGAUGGCAGUCCCCCGCAGUCACUUGACGGGGGGAUCAGCCCAUGCCAGUCCGAUUAAGGGAUCAAGGGACAGAAGUCCCAAAUUGUGUGUGUGUGUGUGUGUGUGCCAGAGAAAGUUCGGUGCUGCAUAACUUCUUUUUCGAUGUCUUCUUCUUCUACCACUUCUUCUUCUUCUUCCUCUUCUUCUUCUUCUUCUUCUUCUUCUUCUUCUUCUUCUUCUUGCUAUGCAGCCUUGUGAGGUAUGCAUCGGUCAGUGUUCGCAGGAGUACAGGUACGCUGCAACCACCCCACCAACACCCCCACAACACCCGCCCCCCCCCCCCCCCCCCCCCCCCCCCCCCACCCCCCAUGAAAAAAAAAAAUGCACAUCUAUCUUUUCUCUGCGGAUUCGGGGAGAUCUCGACAAGCGCAGUCCAACCCCAUCAUCAAAGAAAAUAAUAAUAAUAAAUCAACCCGGUUUUGGGCCCAACCGGAUUUCCGGUUGGACCAUCGGCGGUGCGCUCCGGUCCAACCGGCCGGUGGCCGGUGCAGCCCUGGGAAAAAAUGAAUUCAGUUUUUUAUC